AAAAAUCAAGUGAUUUAAUCACAUGAUUUAAUCAUUGACAACCCUGGACCAGAGUAUAGAUCUUUCCUACCAUUUUUUUGCAAUAUAUAGGUAUCAUAUAAUAUAUAGGUAUUGCAUGUAGAUAUAUUACAGGCUUAGCUUAGGCCAUUGUGUUACCCUUUUAAAAUAUGUGAUUAUUUCCCCCAGGAAAUAAUCAUCUGAGCAUAAAGCUGGUACUAAAUUUGCUAACUUGCUGAAUUUAUAUGCUGGGAACUUUGAGCAAGAUGGCUUGUUAUCAAUCUAAACAGGCAGUUGUCAUGCCAGUGCUGUUGGGAUUUGUUGAUGAGGAAGUUUACCAAAAAAAUCAGUAUACAACGAAUCAUAAAGUCUCUAAAAUUGGAGGAAAGCCGGACUGGCCAACUUUAGCUGGAUGUACGUCUCCAGUAUGCAGUGGGUGUGGAGCCGUGCAGGCUCUCAUCAUGCAGAUCUAUGCUCCCCUGCAUUUCUGUCCAGACCACAGAACUCUCUACAUUUUUGCCUGCCUCACACCCUCUUGCUGGGGAGCUUCUCACAGCUGGACUUGCAUACGUGUACAAUGGCCAGCCUCUCCCGUACCCGAGAGCUCAGGCCACAAAUCUUCCAGCCGUUCACAGGCUUGUGAAGAGGAUUCGGGUGACAUGUUUGAGGUUGCCGAUGACUGGGGCAGCGACUCUGAAGAUGACAGCAAUGCAAAUGUUGACUACCCUGUCACAGAAAAUGCAAAUCUUAAUCAGUUGAUGAACAUCAAUGAGCCUGUUGUGAAUGUGGUGCAGCAGAAGAAUUUUGCAGCAGAUCAAGCAUAUGAAGCUGGUAAUCUCAAUAACAGAAACAUUUUUGUUGCCAAUGUUGCUGAAAUGGAUGAGGAGAGCCAAGCUUUAGGGCUUGACAGACUUAACCUGAACCAGGGCAAUGGUAAUGGCAGCGGGAUUGCGGUGAGAGGGGCGUCUGGUGGAGGACUGACAGGGGAGGGGAGAGGGGGUGAAGUGGAUGAGGGGGAGGGGGGUGAGGAAGCCACAGCCCUAAUUGAGGGAAGUGAGGACGACAUGGUGGCGGUUGACAGCCCUGAGCUGCCCUCGCAGGACAUCUCCCUCUGGUUCAAGGCCCCUGCAGCGUCACGCGUCUCAUCCACUUGUGACAGUUUGCGGGAGUUCUUCCUGUGCUGCGAGGAGGAGGUGCUGCCUAAGGGCGCCGCCCUCCUGCUGGGGCACGAGCAGGAGCUGCUGCACCGCUACAACGCUCAGACCCCCCGAGGCUCAGGUGUGGGGGGCGGGGACGACGAGGGCAGUGACGGGCGCUACGUUAAAAGCGUCCCCGCCCACGGGGACGUCUACAUGCAGAAGUUCCAGAAGCGCGUCGCCCACGCGCCCCACCAGGUCCUAAGGUACUGCAGGCACUCGAGCUCAGGGCCGCUGUUGCUGCGCCCCUUCACAGGCCUCGAGGGCAGCACCUGUUGCCCUCACUGUGGUUCCCCUCUCAUCUUCGAGCUCCAGGUGAUGCCGCAGCUCAUCCCUCAUUUGCUGCCCCGUCCGGCGCUUUCAACAACUUCAGCCGCACCCGCGUCAACCACGCUCAACAUUACAGAGACAUUCAACAAAACUUCCAUCAAGUCACCACAAAACGUCAACAUCAACGACACCAAAGACACUAGCGCCUCUACGCGUAGCAAGAACUCCGCAACCAAAUCCAAAAUGUAUUCUAGCAACCGACAGUCUCUGGAGUCGGUGAACUCCAUUGACCUGCAAGACCUCGCUGACAGCGCCGGUGUAGAGAAAAGUCCUAAACUUCGUUCAAAGAGAAAUAAAAACAUCAUCCAAGAUGAGGCGAGCAUGGAUGCGACAGUCGCUGCCAAGAAAUCUUCAUCGCCUGCCGAUGUGAACGCUGGGACCUGCAACGUGUUGCUGAGCGGUGUGGUGGAGUACGGUACAGUGCUUGUGUUCACGUGCUCACAGUCCUGCUGGCACGGUAAACCUGUCCUGGAAACUACUCAUGUGCAGCCUGAGGUUAUAUAAGCUGCUGGUGUUUCUAAGGGUGUGUCACCGGGUCAUAAGGAAGGCCUUCGGUUCAUAGAGUGGGUCACCGGACUUUAAGGUUUGGUGCCAGGUGUCAAAGUAAGUGGGUCGCUGGGUCCUAAAGUGGAUCAACAGAUCCUAAGGUUUGGUGCCGGGUCUUAAGGUGGGUUGUCGGGUCCUUAUGUAGGUUGCCAGGUCAUAAGGUGGGUCACCGAGUCACAAAGUAGGCCACCGGUUCAAAGGCGGGUCACCGGUUCUAAGGUGGGUCACCGGGUUCUAAGGUGGGUCACCGGGUUCUAAGGUUGGUUGCCGGGUCCUAAGGUUGGUUGCCGGGUUCUAAGGUGGGUCGCCGAGUCUUAAUGUGGGUCACCAGGUCCUAAAGUGGGUCCGGUCUUAAGAUGAGACGACGAGGAAGCUGUGGUAAUAACUACCAGCGUGCAGCCUAAAGUUACAUGAAUCUUUCUCACUUCGCAUGUCGUAAAGACCGCAUUAUUUCCCGCACGUUUUCAGGUUAGAUUUACUUCGGGAAAUGUAUUGCCACGCAUAAUCUAUGAAUAAAAAUAUCACUUGAUACGUAGUUUAAAUAGCAACAGUCGCAAAUCGAAUGAAUCGCAACGAUAGUUUAAAUCGCAUUAAAAUUUAGAAGGAUAAAGAUGAGAAAAUUCAAUCCAUGAUAUACACUCACAGAAAUUAAGGAGACUUUAUCCAAAUAGCGAUGCACUUUUGUCCUCGUGUGCGUCAUCUUGUCUUAGUUUGGCCCGGAUGAGGGACGCAUCAGUGCUACACGCAACAAUUGUGUGGCACUAUUUGGAGAAUACGACCCAUCAGUUUUUCUGAGUGUACGAAAAUUGUCAUCUUGUGCCGCUCUCUACUGUGGAUGAGUUCGGAAGCAGACAGUGUAAGGAUAUCUUUGAAAUAUGGCCCAUCGCUAUUGUCCAUUCCUCUAUACAUUGUGUUCACAUUUUAUUAAGUUAAGUUCGGAAUUGUUAAGAAACUGGUACGUUUUUUCUUCACCUCUCCCACACUAAUUCUACGACACCUCUCCCACACUUAUUCUACGAAAGUAUAUAGACACUGUAAUCUUAUAAAUAUUUGUAUAUUAUUCCUGAAAAUUUUGUGAUCUCUUAUGUUUAUUGUCAUUCUUAGCGUUAAUAUUAUGUGUGAUGGAACUUUUAGCUCCGGUCUCGUGGCUUUGAAUUGGUUUUUAGGUGCCCAGGUAGGCGUUCUAAUUCCUUCUAACGUGGCGCUCUAAGGUUUCGAACAAACGCAACCAAUAAAGUGGAAAACAGUUUAUACUAAAAACAUUUGAAUUUUAGGUUGGUUACCAUCCGCUACGAAUUACUGUUUUGAACAAAAAACAUUACAUUAUUGAAUGUAACCAUUCUCAUGUUGUAUAUCACCCUAUGUUCAUGCAACAGGAUCGGAAGCAGACUGCUCAAAAUGCUGAGAUGUACUUGUUUGGUCAACAUAUUGACGUACACGUUGAUGCGGACGUUGACAAUGUUUAUACGUUAUUAAUGUAUCUCUCUCACAGGAGUUGGCGAUUUUUUCGUAACGUAUCCAUUUACUUUUAUUGUUGAAUAAUUUUUAACUUUCACCUUAUCUUUGGUCAACUUAGUUUACCUACCGUAACUAUAAGUAUUUUUAAGUUGGCCAAUUUUCAGUAUAAAAGUAUGCCAUUCCAGCAUCACUGUUUGAUGUAAAUAUGUUUUGAAUUAACAUACGGUAUUUGUUUAGCUUCUAUUUCAGGUCCAUUCGAAUACAACGGCAUUUUCAGCGUAAACGAAAUCUCCACUACAAACUUGUCCGUUUGUAUCGGCUAAGUUCUUGCUCUAUUAUUUAUUACAAUUCGCUUCGUGCGCAUUGCCGUGGUUGCUACAAUAUCCAUGUCUGAUUUUUAGCAAUGGGUUCAUUUCCAUUGCCCCUUUGUAACCACCAUAACUGAGGGUUAAUUUCUAUGAACCCUUUGUUUGGAACACUUAAAUUUUUCCAGUUUUUAUUUGUUUAUUUAUAGUGCUUGUACAAUUUUUGUGUAUCUUGCUGCCGUGAGAUAUUUUGAUCCUGCCAACCACCUCUUGAUACAGUACCAUCUUAAUAUAUUUUUUAAUUAAAUCACUGAACAGAACUCGAUUUAUUCGAGCCUUUGUUUGACGAUGUUAAAAUUUAGGUAUUUAUCAUUACCGUAAGUACCUAAUAAUUAUUAGGUAUUUAUUAUCGUAUUUUGAUCUCUGUAGGAUUACCUUCGCUUUGGGAGCUGCGACCAAGCAGUUCAUACUGUUUCCCAACGAUAGGAAUAAGGGAAUAUAUACUCUCUUUUUCUCUUGUUUCGCUCGAGUCUUUGACCGAAAAUAUUUAUUUGUCUCUUUUAUAUUCGACAAAUUUAUUCAUGAAUAAUUUUAACGUUUCUAUUUGCACUUCUUUCUAAGCUCACUAUUUAAUGUAGAUUUGUUACAAGGAUAUUCGAUUUAAUUAAUGUCCACAUCAAGAAAUAAUCGAUUUUCUUCUAUCUUGUCCUGAAUGAAUUUUAUAAAUGGCUUACAUUAAGUUACUUAAUAACGUCCCUUUUUAUCCAGAUUAUAAAUGAGUGGGAUUAAUGGAAUUUCUAACUUCAUGAAUAACGGCUCCCAGUGGCGUUUAUUUCAUAUUGAUGAGUCGUAAAUUAUUCGAAAAUUGUUUCAUCUCGGUUGUACAAAAGUCCCCUUAAUAACUCAUUACUGUUUAACGUGCAAUUAAUUUUCAACGCAUCUCAUUCAUCAAAUGGAUGUUUACAUGACGCAAUCAUGCCAGUUUAUUUUGUAUUCGCAUUCCCUGCCAUUUCUGGACACGCGUCAGUCAAAGCUGAAACUUCUGUAUUAAAUAUUUUUUCAAACAUUCAAUGACCCCCUAAAAAUAUAGCUAAUUACGCCCCGUAAGAGCUGUAGUUUGAAGCUUCAAAAGAUGCGCUCGAGUUAAGGAAUGUUGUUCAAAGAAUUUCCUCUGAACGAGCCUUCACAAUUGGUAAUGUUUUUCCCCGUACAAAUAAUUAGUGGUUAAUUUCUAAUGUUUCUUGUACAACUCUACUUAUAUUAGUACCACGAAAUUGUCCGUCUUGUAUUUGCUAAGAUAGAUUUCCUUAAUUGUGUGUAGACAAUCGUAGCUUAGAGUCCGUUAUGUGUGUACCUAAUCAGACUUUAUAGUUGUUUAUUAACUGUAGAGAUUAUUUCCAUGCCUGGUAUGGAGGAGUUAGUGACAUGUGCAUUGUGUAUUCAGCGAUUACCAUUCGCAUGCGCUCCACUCAGCCCUGCCCGGUAACUGAUUCAAGAAAUGUACUCAUAGGUGUUCUUACAUUUUAUCAAUACAUCAAUACGCGUAAAAAACACAAAUUCAGCCUUUUUCAGCGACUGAAAUAGCUUACAAAUUAAUUACCAAUUGCACCCCGCUUUGAAAAUUAGAGCUCACACAGCUUUUCUAAUUGUUAAAUCCCAAACUUAAUUUAGAACCUGACCAGCUCCCGAUUAGAGUCGACCCAUUUUCGUACUGGGAUAUGCUUAGGCUGCUCAAAAUUUUCAGAGUGAAGUCAUUAUUGAUCAUGUAAUCUCUAUGAUGUUCUCCAACUUGUUUAUCUUCUCACGCUUUCUUUACUCUGAUACUUUGUUCACCUAUGCUCCAAGUAUAGAUUCAUCGUUC